ACCCAGCCCGGGGCCUUGAGCCCGGGCUAGUGAGCCGGCCUACAGAAGGGCGAGAGAACCAGCUAGGUUCCGCCCCGGGGACUGCCCGCCUCCUUUUUAAGCGCCUCCCGCCCAACCUCAACUCCCUCUGGCUUUGCUAUGCUCCUUCCUUCCCCGCCUUCCUUGUCUCCCCGACUGCGCUCGUUCCUGUGGCCAUCCCGCAGCGCCAGUCCAGGUGCCAUGGCUGCUAUGUACCUCCCCGGCCUGCGGCUUAGCCGGCACGGGCUAAGGCCCUGGUGCUGGUCACCGUGCCGUAGCAUCCAAACCCUGCAUGUGCUCAGUGGAGAUAUGAGUCAGCUGCCGGCUGGAGUUCGAGACUUUGUGGCGCGCAGUGCGCAUCUGUGCCAACCAGAGGGCAUCCACAUCUGUGAUGGGACCGAGGCUGAGAACACUGCCAUACUGGCCCUGCUGGAAGAACAGGGUCUUAUCCGCAAACUCCCCAAGUAUAAGAACUGCUGGCUGGCCCGCACAGACCCCAAGGAUGUGGCACGGGUAGAAAGCAAGACGGUGAUUGUAACUCCUUCGCAGCGGGACACAGUGCCUCUCCUGGCUGGUGGGGCCAGGGGGCAGCUGGGCAACUGGAUGUCCCCAGAUGAGUUCCAGAGAGCUGUGGACGAGAGAUUCCCAGGAUGCAUGCAGGGCCGCAUUAUGUAUGUGCUUCCAUUCAGCAUGGGUCCCGUGGGCUCCCCACUCUCCCGCAUUGGAGUGCAGCUCACUGACUCGGCUUACGUGGUGGCCAGUAUGCGUAUUAUGACCCGCCUGGGGACACCUGUACUUCAGGCCCUGGGAGAUGGUGACUUCAUCAAGUGUCUGCAUUCAGUGGGCCAGCCCCUGACUGGACAUGGGGAUCCUGUGGGCCAGUGGCCGUGCAAUCCAGAAAAAACCCUGAUUGGCCACGUGCCAGACCAGCGGGAGAUCGUCUCCUUCGGCAGCGGCUAUGGUGGUAACUCCUUGCUGGGCAAGAAGUGCUUUGCCCUGCGCAUCGCCUCUCGCCUGGCCAGGGAUGAGGGCUGGCUGGCAGAGCACAUGCUGAUUUUGGGCAUCACCAACCCUGCAGGGAAAAAGCGCUACGUGGCAGCUGCUUUCCCCAGUGCCUGUGGCAAGACCAAUCUGGCCAUGAUGAGGCCUGCAUUGCCGGGCUGGAAAGUGGAGUGUGUGGGGGAUGACAUCGCCUGGAUGAGGUUUGACAGUGAAGGUCAACUCCGGGCCAUCAACCCUGAGAAUGGCUUCUUUGGGGUGGCCCCUGGUACCUCUGCUGCCACCAAUCCCAAUGCCAUGGCCACAAUUCAGAGUAAUACUCUCUUCACCAACGUGGCUGAGACCAGUGAUGGCGGUGUGUACUGGGAAGGCAUUGACCAGCCUCUUCCGCCUGGUGUCACCAUAACCUCGUGGCUGGGAAAGCCCUGGAAACCUGGUGACAAGGAACCCUGUGCACAUCCAAACUCGCGCUUUUGUGUCCCGGCUCGCCAGUGCCCCAUCAUGGACCCAGCCUGGGAAGCACCAGAAGGUGUCCCUAUUGAUGCCAUCAUCUUUGGAGGCCGCCGACCCAAAGGGGUACCACUGGUGUACGAGGCCUUCAACUGGCGUCAUGGGGUGUUUGUAGGUAGCGCCAUGCGCUCUGAGUCCACUGCCGCUGCGGAGCACAAAGGAAAGACCAUUAUGCAUGAUCCCUUUGCCAUGCGGCCUUUUUUUGGCUAUAACUUUGGACGCUACCUGGAACACUGGUUGAGCAUGGAGGGACAAAAAGGUGCCCGGCUGCCUCGUAUCUUCCAUGUCAAUUGGUUCCGGAGAGAUGAAGCAGGCCGCUUCCUGUGGCCAGGCUUUGGAGAGAAUGCUCGUGUGCUAGACUGGAUCUGCCGAAGAUUAGAAGGAGAAGACAGUGCCCAAGAGACUCCCAUUGGGCUAGUACCAAAGGAAGGAGCCCUGGACCUCAGUGGCCUCAGCGCAGUGGACACCAGUCAGCUGUUCUCCAUCCCCAAGGACUUCUGGGAGCAGGAGGUUCGUGAUAUUCGGGGCUACCUGACAGAGCAAGUCAACCAGGACCUGCCCAAGGAGGUGUUGGCUGAGCUCGAGGCCCUGGAAGGACGUGUACAAAAAAUGUGACCUGAGGCUCUAGGCUAGCAAGAGCACAGCUCCCCCAUUUGGGUAGAGAACCCCCAGGCUCACAGAAAACAUGAACAAUCUGACAUUAAAAUGUGUGAGUGUUGGAAGGCCAAGCCACAGGACUCCCCAUGCUGUCUGAUAAGAGAUGCACACUUUUAUACACGCGUUUGUUUCCACUUCCCUGUGUCUGCAUAGGCUUCCUUCUAAUCGGUCUCCUGUUGGCUCGAAGGCUCGAAUAGUAGGAACUUCUGGAAGAAGGCAUUCCUCUUCUGAAGAAAUGUAACCUGGUACAGUGAUGCAAACCUUUAAUCCCAGAGGCAGCCUAACCUCUGGGAGCUCCAGGCAAGCCUGCCAGGUCUACAUAGCAAAUGCCAGGUCAGCCCCCUUAAUCCCCUCCGCCAAAAAGAAAAAAAGAAGGCCACAGCACAGCAGGCUGCUCUGUGUUUGAGUUAGUAUUUUUGUCCCACAUAGACAUGAUGCAGAAGUCCCCUUCUCCAGAGGAAGCCAUUCCAGAACCAAUUUCCGCCUCCUGGUUUCCUCUCGCUUCCUGGAACCAGGAGCCACACCUGUUAUUUUUUCCUUGAGACAAGGUCUCAUGUAGAUCAGGCUGGCUCCAAACUCACUGUGCAGCUAAAGAUAACCUUGGCCUCCUGAUCCUCCUCUCCCUACCUCUGACAAUCGUGCUACCAAAGCCAGCUAGACAACUAACACUUCUAGAACACUAUCUGUAUUCUAGACACAUUGUCAGAGUACCAUUUGCAUUUCAAAAAUACAGAGUUGGAUUGAACAUAAUAACAUGUCUUAAAAUCCUAGCACUUGGAAGGACCCUAUCACAAGGCAAGAGAAUUGUAUACAGUGACCCUGUCUUCAAAAACCACAAACCAAAGAAUUAUCCAGUGAAUGCCCCACAUCUUUGUGUAUAUGGGCAGCAGGGGGUUAUUUAAAAAGAAAAUAAGAUUUGCAGUUCAGAGAGAGAUGGGAAAUAGGACAGGGGAAGUGGAUUUGAUCAAACGACAUUAUGUAUACAUAAAAUUCCCAAUAAUAAAAAUAUGAGGUAUUUUUUAAAUAGGCAGUUGGAAGAAUGGCUCAGUGGUUAAGAGUAAGUUCUGCUCUAGAAGAGGACUGAAGUUCAGCAGCCACACUGGGCUGCUCACAGCCACCUGUACCUGCAGCUCCAGGAGAUCUCACACCCUGAUACUCACAGGGACCUCACGUGCACACAUUCACACACAUACACAUAAUUAAAGUGAAUUUUCCUAUA